AACCCCGACACGUAAAUCUCAGAAUGUCUGACGCUGGAGAUGACGUUAAUCCACCCAUUGAGGUUGAAGUUCCCGCAGAGGCCCCGAAAGGGAAGCUCUCAGUUGAGGAUGCUCUUAAGAUGGUUCUGAAGAAUGCCCUACUUCACGACGGUCUUGCCCGUGGUCUUCGCGAGUGUGCCAAGGCCCUCGACAGGCGUCAGGCCCACCUUUGCGUACUUGUCGAGACUUGCACCGAAGCAGAAUACAUCAAGCUGAUCGAAGCUCUUUGUGCUGAGCACAAGAUCAACCUCAUCAAGGUUGGAGAUGCCAAGGUGCUCGGUACUUGGGCUGGGCUUUGCAAGAUAGACCGUGAGGGUAACCCACGCAAAAUUGUCCGCACAUCAUGUGUCGUUGUGACGGAUUAUGGUGCCGAGAGUGAGGGGAUGCAUGUUCUUCUGGACUACUUCCGCACGCGAUGAGUAUGCUCGCCCGACUGCCAUUCAUUACUCGAGCAGUUGCGUCAUUCGCACUUACGCUGUCCUUCCCCAUUUGAAAGAUAAUGCAAUCAUCUACCUCAGAUAUCCCUUCAUUGUUCAGUGACUAACGUGCAAGCAGAUGAGAGAUUUAGUAAUGCCACGAGGGCGCCAUGUCCAAUGUCCCAACUGAUUUCUUAAUCGCCUUGCAAAAUUAUGAUUAAAGCAGCUACCGACUAAUGAAUGUCGCACCACGGGUGGUCCUGACUGUUCGUGGGCUCGCAUUCAAGGACCUGACCGUUCCUUUUAUUU